CCUUAGCCCUGUCCUUAGCCUCAGUCCUGCCCCUUCUCACCGGAUCUCAGUCUCUUCCCCUUAGUCGUGGCCCUUUUCAGUCCGGCCUGGCCCCAUUCUGUCCAUAGUUCCCGCCCCUGGCUCAGUCCCGCCUUCCUUGUCCCAGUCCAAUCAGUGCCCCUUCUACUGUCCUCGGCUCUGAUCCGUCCAAUGUUAGCUCGACUCCGUCCUCUCCCCCUGCCCCUGCACACGGUCCUGUCUGCCAGGGCUUUAGGUCCAGGUGUGCAAACUUACUCCCCUAGGGCCCCUUCUUAGUGCAAUCCGAUCAGCUUCUCUCAUCGUGGCCCUUACCUUCCCGGCCAGCCCGGCUCCCCUUUUUUUCUGCUUCUCUCAGGUCUCUUUCACUUACCUCGCUCCGCUUUCUCCUUUCUCCCUCCCCUGUUUCGCCCAGAUAGCGUUAGCGACCCUUUGACGCCCCGCCCUUCACCCGAAACAUCCAAUUGGGGAGCCUCACUCGUGCCCCCCCUUUCAGGCUGUAUUAGAGACCCAGCCCCCCCUUCCAGACCUCAGCCACACCCACUCACCCCUCAGGCCAAUCAUCUCUGAUCCUCUCCCACGGAGGCCCCACCCCCCAUUCUAUCGCCUUUUCCCACCCAAUCGCGUCAGUCUCUGCACCCUCCAGGCCCGGCCCUCCUAGUCAUCGCCUCCUCCCACCCAAUCACGUCCAUCUCUCCUCCCGAGCCCCGCCCCUCUCUGCCCUGCCCCCUCCGGCCCGCCCCCUGUCCAAUGCUGAGCUCAGUCUGCGUCUCGUCCUUCCCCCGGCGCCAGGGGGCCAGCAAGCAGCAGCCGGCGCCACCACCGCAGCAGCCCGAGUCCCCGCCGCCGCUGUCCCCGCCACCGCCGCCGCCGCUGCAGCCUGCGCAGCCCGGCCCAGCCGCAUCCCCGGCGGGCCCCCAGGCACCCCGAGGGCCCGGGGACCGCCGCGCCGAGCCAUGCCCCGGGCUGCCAGCGGCGGCCAUGGGGCGGCACGGCGGCGGCGGUGGCGACAGCGGCAAGAUCGUGAUCAACGUGGGCGGCGUGCGCCAUGAGACGUACCGCUCGACGCUGCGCACCCUGCCGGGUACGCGGCUGGCCGGCCUGACGGAGCCCGAGGCGGCCGCGCGCUUCGACUACGACCCCGGCGCAGACGAGUUCUUCUUCGACCGGCACCCGGGCGUCUUCGCCUACGUGCUCAACUACUACCGCACGGGCAAGCUGCACUGCCCGGCCGACGUGUGCGGGCCGCUCUUCGAGGAGGAGCUGGGCUUCUGGGGCAUCGACGAGACCGACGUGGAGGCCUGCUGCUGGAUGACCUACCGGCAGCACCGCGACGCGGAGGAGGCGCUCGACUCCUUCGAGGCCCCGGACCCUGCGGGCGCCGCCAAUGCCGCUGCCGCGGGAGCGCACGACACGGGCCUGGACGACGAGGCGGGCGCGGGCGGCGGCGGCCUGGAUGGCGCGGGCGGCGAGCUCAAGCGCCUCUGCUUCCAGGACUCGGGCGGCGGCGCCGGGGGCCCGCCAGGGGGCGCGGGCGGCGCGGGCGGCACGUGGUGGCGCCGCUGGCAGCCCCGUGUGUGGGCGCUCUUCGAGGACCCCUACUCGUCGCGGGCUGCCAGGUAUGUGGCCUUCGCCUCGCUCUUCUUCAUCCUCAUCUCCAUCACCACCUUCUGCCUGGAGACCCACGAGGGCUUCAUCCACAUCAGCAACAAGACUGUGACGCAGGCCUCCCCGAUCCCCGGGGCCCCGCCGGAGAAUAUCACCAACGUGGAGGUGGAGACAGAGCCCUUCCUGACCUACGUGGAGGGCGUGUGCGUGGUCUGGUUCACCUUUGAGUUCCUCAUGCGCAUCACCUUCUGCCCGGACAAGGUGGAGUUUCUCAAGAGCAGCCUCAACAUCAUCGACUGUGUGGCCAUUCUGCCCUUCUACCUGGAGGUCGGCCUCUCGGGCCUCAGCUCCAAGGCCGCCAAGGACGUGUUGGGCUUCCUGCGCGUCGUGCGCUUUGUCCGAAUCUUGCGUAUCUUCAAGCUGACCCGCCACUUCGUGGGGCUGCGGGUGCUGGGCCACACGCUUCGUGCCAGCACCAAUGAGUUCCUGCUGCUCAUCAUCUUCCUGGCCCUGGGGGUGCUCAUCUUUGCCACCAUGAUCUACUAUGCUGAGCGCAUUGGCGCCGACCCGGACGACAUCCUGGGGUCCAACCACACCUACUUCAAGAACAUCCCCAUCGGCUUCUGGUGGGCUGUGGUCACCAUGACGACCCUGGGCUAUGGAGACAUGUACCCCAAGACGUGGUCUGGGAUGCUGGUUGGGGCGCUGUGUGCCCUGGCAGGGGUGCUGACUAUCGCCAUGCCUGUUCCUGUCAUUGUCAACAAUUUUGGCAUGUACUAUUCGCUGGCCAUGGCCAAACAGAAGCUGCCUAAGAAGAAGAACAAACACAUCCCCCGGCCCCCCCAGCCUGGCUCGCCCAACUACUGCAAGCCUGACCCACCCCCGCCACCUCCAACACACCCUCACCACGGCAGCGGGGGCAUCAGCCCCCCCCCACCCAUCAGCCCACCCUCCGUGGGGGUGACUGUGGCUGGGGCCUACCCGCCGGGGCCCCACACGCACCCCGGGCUGCUCAGGGGGGGUGCAGGGGGACUGGGGAUCAUGGGGCUGCCUCCCCUGCCGGCCCCUGGUGAGCCCUGCCCACUGGCUCAGGAGGAAGUGGUUGAAAUCAACAGGGCAGAUCCCCGCCCCAAUGGCGAUCCUGCUGCAGCUGCGCUGGCCCACGAGGAUUGUCCCGCCAUCGACCAGCCCGCCGCGUCCCCCGAGGACAAGAGCCCCAUCACCCCCGGAAGCCGGGGCCGCUACAGCCGGGACCGUGCCUGCUUUCUCCUCACCGACUAUGCCCCUUCCCCUGACGGCUCCAUCCGAAAAGGUUACGAGAAAUCCCGCAGCCUGAGCAGCAUCGCGGGCCUGAGCGGGGUGUCCCUGCGCCUCGCGCCCCUUGCCACCCCCCCUGGCUCUCCCCGGGCCACCCGCCGCGCCCCCCCAACCCUGCCCUCCAUCCUCUAGCACUCCCUCCCCCCUGUGGGGGGACUCGGGGGUGACCAGGAAGAAGGUCAAAGGAGCUGGGGGUGGGGGGAUGGGGAAGGUAUUUUUUUAAAAAAAUCAAAAAGUCAUUAAUAAUAUGCAACCGAGAUGAUGACGCCAGCAGACACCCCCGCCAGCAGACACCCCCGGGGCUCUCGACCCCCACCUGGGCCCCUAGGAUGGAAGGGGAGGGGCCAAAGCCCAUCCCCCCACCCACCCCACUCCCCCACAAAAAGCCUUCUCAGGUCUCCAUGAGCCAUAGGACACCCUCUCCCAUCAAGUCGUGUAAAUAAGUCCAAACCACACCAAUUCCAUCUCGGGGCGCCCCCUACUCUGCAUGCUCUCCAGCCAGACCCCUGCUCCCAAACCACCUUAGCAAUAAGCCGCCAGGGGCUACAAGCCGAGAGUUGGAGGGGAGGGGCUGGAACCUCUAGGGGUCAGGCUGGUCUUCAAGCCACAGGGGCAGUCUCUUGCCCUCCACCUCAGGGCAACCAACCCAACACACACUGAUCAGGAGGGAGCCACCUAGGACAGGGGCAGGAGGGACGCCCUCCGAGGACAGGCGGUCGGCUGAGGCAGGAGCUCAGGAGCGUGCGCUGCCCAUGGCGGCUCCCCCGGCCUUCGGGAAGAUCCCGCUGGUGAAUUUCGUCCCCCCCCCACACACACAAGGGAGCUGCUCGCUUCUGUCCUCUCUGCAUGGACUCAGACCCCUCACCCAGGGUUCCUGGGAAUCCCAGGCCCUCAAAGUCCCCACCCCUCCAUUCCCAGGACAUUAAGACCUGCAUCUGGAAUUCCUGAGAUGGGCCCUGGCACCCUGCGCCCCCAAAUGUCCACACACUUUGGGGGCUUCUCCGCUGCAAACAGACGCUUCCCCUGCCCCUCCCACACUCCCAUUCCCCGGGUCGCACCCCAGCACUUCAGACCUCCAAGCGUCCACCCAGCUCCAGCUCAGUUCAGCCUUUGGGAUGCUCCAGAUCUUUCCCACAACUCUGACAUUUCCCGGACACCCCCAGAUCUUCCGGCCUGCUCCCCAACACCCUCAAGUCCCACAAAGAACAUCAGACUCAUCCUUCCCAGGACCCCCCGACGCUAGAACUUCCCAGGCGGGCUCUGCCUGUCCGCAACUCCAGGGAGCCAGACCCAGCAGCCCCUCUUUCACCCCGGCCCUGCCCACAGGCCCCUUCCCCGAGAUGGUGCCCAAAGGUGCCCCCUUCAUGGCCACCAGUUUCCCGGUGUGUCGCACUGGUGCCCUUGCUGGCAGGACAAGGUUGUGGGCAGCACCCCGAAGAGCGCCUGUUUAAAAAGCUUUCUCUUGAAUGCGCACAUUUUGCGCGUGAAUCGGGUAGCGCUGCUUGGUCGGGGCAUCAUGUAGGUUACAAGUGUUUCCAUCGGAGGCACUCCCGGACCGCAUGGGCCGGGCCCAAUUGGAGGGACGCUGCAGAGUCAGCCUGGGAGACCAAGCCGUCCCCAGAGGGCUGGCGCCCCUCACUUGCCGCCACGCUCGCGGAAGCCACCCCUCAUACCGCAUCCGGGCUCAAGGAUGCGCUACCUCCCCCGGCCCAGAGCCCGCGCCGGUCCCAGAAUCCUUAGCGGAGCCCCCCUUUGGAGCUGGGGGCCCGCGGAAUCGUCCCCCUCCCUCCCCCUGCUCCUGCAGCCUCAGGAACCCCCUGCGCCCAACCGUGGGCGGGUGGGGGCGUCACUGAGCACGAUUCUCGAUGCAACGAUUCCUAUGCAAGGGGCAUUUUGAGUCCCCCCAUCCUCCCCUCGGCCCCUAAGCCCUGGUGAAUCGGGUGAAGGGUGGGGAGGGGGAGGUUGGGGCGGGGUAAAGGGCUAGGGGCUCCGGACACUAGGGUGCGGGUGGGGACUGAUCAUAUUGCCAAAGGGUUCAACUUCUUUAAACAGCCCCCCAGUUUCCCCUGACCCUCACACAAAGAACAGGGCAGGGAAGGGGGUGAGUCUUUCCCCAAGGGUACUGACCUCUUCCCAACGGCUCCCCCUGCUCGCCAAUCGGCCACACGUACCCAGCUUUUUAGUUCAGCUUAAAAACAAACCCCACCAUCAUAAACAUCUACAAAACGUGACUUUCGUCCCGCCCCUCCCCACCCCCCAAGUCAACAAAGUGUGGGAUUCGGGGAGGGAGGGCGAGCUAAAGGGACUGCCUCCUAGUCCGCUCCUUUCUCCUCGGCCGCCAGGUGCCUGCAACUACACGCAUGCGCUGCAUGACGCGUGCCCCCCACUCGCAUGUCGCGCCCCUCCUGCGCUCCGGGAACGCACGGACACGGGGCAUGGGGCGGGGCGAUCGGGGAGGAAGGAAUGGCGGGGGGUGGAGCUCUGAGGCUCCCCCUCCCCAAAACACACACACAGCAAUAAAUUUCUCUCACUCGGAAGUGGGCGGGGCGGGCCUGGCCUGUGGGGGAGGAGGGGCAGAGGGGCGCUCUCAGGGAUGGGGGCGGGGUCCGGAGCCUGGGAGGCGAGCUUUGCAAAUCGUCCAACUCUGGUGCUAAAGGGGGCCUUCUCAGUCCUCCCGCAGGGCAGGGAGGGAGGGGUCGGCAGGCCCCUCCCCCCAAGCCUCCCCCACGCCCACCCAGGGUGCAUGAACCGCCCAAUGCAGAAGCUGCCGCAUGUCACCCCCUCCUCAAAGAAAAAGCCACGCCCCUUUCCCCACCCAGCCUCUCACUCCCCACCAAAAUAAAAAGUUUCCUU